UACUCGCCUACCUGCAAAUACACCGCCCAGCUCUAUCGCAUUGAGGUACAAUACGUACAAUACGUACGGUACGGCACGGCGGCACGGCACGGUUCAUACAGUACAAUCAAUAUUCUACCGCAAAAGCACAAACCACGCCCCAUUCGCCAUUCAAUACAGCACUUGCAUCUACUAACCUGCCUACGGUACCUUUCCAGGUAGGUAGGUAGGUAUUCUGUGCUGUAUCAUCCCGUCCGUCAUUUGUAGCGCUGUGUAAGUCGUCGCUGUAGGCUCUGGCUACCUGUAGUAGUAGUUGGCAUUAGCAUAGCAUACCUACCUACAUUCUCUGUCCAAGGUACCUAGGUAGGUAGCAUCGUCCAACCCCCGGCUGACCCCCCUUGUCUCUCCCUGUUGGUUGGGUCGUGUUCUUCUCGAAUCACCUCCACUCCCGACCGGGCGCCCUCACUCCUCUCACGAGUGCCCACCCACUUGAUCAAAUUUAAUCCACCGCACCCCCGAGCCAACACCGUCUCCUCCCCCGACUCCUCCGUUCCUUUUUUCCCUUCUCCCUCAACUCUCGUCCUUCUUGUCACCGGACCUCUUCUCGGGUCCUUGUCAUCGCCAUUCUUCUUCACUCAUCUACCUUGUCGCCGCGCUCGCCAUGACGUCCGUGAUCCGUGGCACGUCACUGCGUGCCGGCGGUGCCUGUGUGCGCUGUCGCAAAGGCAAGACCAAGUGUGUAUACGACAAUGGCCGCGCACCAUGCAAGAACUGCGCGAAGGGCAUGCACGACUGCUAUCUGCCCUCCGAGAGCAAUGCUCAUAUGCAUGGCCAGUCGCCGGCGAGGGCUCCUCGUCCAAGAGAGUCUUUGCAAGGCGACCGCAACGUAUCGGCUUCCAAUGACCGCCAGCCAGCAACAGCCGCCGUCAUACCACGCAACCUACAGGCAAAUAAUGAGAAACUGACUCCGGAACUCAUUACGGAAUGCGAGAGAGUCAUCAACAAGACUCUUCCAUCCUGUGUCGCUUUUCAUAAGCCUUCUUUCUUGCAAAAGCUCAAGAAUGGUACACUUGAGCCUAGUAUUGUGAACGGUCUUCUCACAUGUGCUGCACGAAGCUCCACUGGUUUGAUUCGCCGCUUUGGUAACCAGGGCGGUGGUGCGUCGGCAGCCUCCGAGCAUUUUGCCGUCAAGACCUUCAAUCUGGUUAUGCAGAACCUCGAUAACCCGAGCUUGGCAGAUAUUCAGGCUUUAUGUCUCCUGACCAUCCAUGAAUGGGGCAACAGAAAUGCCGUCCGCGCCUAUGUCUAUUUGGGCCAAGCUGCUCGUAUGACCCAAAUGUACCGCAUCAUAACUGGCCACCAAACCCUCGGCGAUCCUGAACAGUUCAUUAAAGAUGAAUCGUUCCGGCGGACACUGUGGCUCAUCUAUAUUCUGGAUUGUUUUCUGACAAGCAGUCCCGGCCGCCACCCGGCAGUCUGUCACAACGAUGUCAAGGAUGUACCCCUUCCGUGCCCCGACAUGAGCUACAACUUCGGAACACCUGCCUUUGUCCGCACCCUGGCGGGCAACCCUCCACCUGGUCUUCCUGAGGGUGCGCCUUUGGCGGAGGUGGGUGAAUUUGGUCACAUCGUCAUGGCGACGCAGGCCUGGAGAAAUGUGAUUGAGAUGCUGACCUCAGCUACUGUGGACACCUAUUCUGAGGAGCAAUGCCUUGCUCUAGAAAAUGGUAUUGAGGCUGUGCGCAGCUCUCUGCCCAUGCAUUUCGUCGACAAGCCAGCUCACCUCAACUUGCACAUCACCAUGGGAAGUGGUUUCACAUAUGCAAUGCUGCACUGCUUGUUGCAUUCCGCCACCAUCAUGGUCCAUCGUCGCAGGCUUCUUCACUUCAUCCAGACUGAAGGUUUCAAACAUGAAACUUGGCGCAUGGUUCCUCAUGUUCAUCUGCAGACGGUAGAUCGAGUUUUCGCAGCAUCGCACAGCGUUGUGUCGCUACUUCUCGCUCUUGAGACCAACGCUGACAAAGAUUCUGUGCCCAACUUUCCACUUGUCAUGUUGUUCUCUUGCUUUACUGCCUGUGCGACUGUAGCUUGGUUUAGUCUGAAAGGCUUGACCCCUAUUGAUGUGAAUGAGACGUCCGAAGCCAUUGUUGCGGACGGCAUGCGGUUCCUACAGGAUGGAGCCAACACUUGGACACUCGCUGUCCCAUGGUAUCGUCAUCUUGCAGUUAUGGCCAAGGUAUUGCGAAAUGAUGAGAGAAACUCGAACAGAGCUGCCAUGGAGCCUGCCCCACCUUCAAUCAAAGAUGAUGCAGCAAGCCAGCCUGAUAACAACCACGAAGGUGUAGACUACGAGCGACACUCAUCGGCCAAUCCUCAGGAGCUUGGUGAGAAUGGCACUGAGCCUCCACGUAAGUCCGGAUUCACUACUAUCAAUGGCGGUUCAGCAGGUACGUCGACGCCAGCGACAGCAAGUCCUCCAGCGCAACCCAAGGCAGAGUCUCCAGUGCUGUCAUCAUCGGAUCGCCCGCCAAUGAAUGUUUCUGUGGAUGCGGGGCCAGCUGAUAUGACAGCUGGUGAACUAUGCGCGGCAUUUGAGCGGCAGCUUCUUGAACUUGAUGACCUCGCUGCUUUCAUGGGUGGUGGUGUCUGAUAAUCAGCCCUGCCCGUUUCUGCCUCUUCCGACAAUCAGAUCGGGCACAUGCAUCAACAACUUGAUGAGAUGUGUUGCACAUUGUUGGACGUGUACGUUAUGUUGAGUGUGACUUGUG